UGGAAAUAAGAUGAGACACUAAAACCGGCUAGAGAGAGAGAGAGAGAGAUCGACCCACUCCCAGGGACAGCUUUGGGACCAACGAGGAGGCGAGAAACACACAGAUUUAAGCCAUUUUUAACCACGUUCUUGCCCUGGUGAAGUAUGAGUGAGGUGUUUGGCAUCACCCCGCUGCCCGGCGUGGAGUACCCGCUGUCUGUGGCCUACUGCGGGAACUGCACCAUGCCCAUUGAGUACUGUGAGUAUUAUCCAGGCUAUGACAAAUGCAAGCAGUGGCUGGAGAAGAACCUACCUGAACAGUUUGAGAAGUUGAUGAAUGAGAGUGGCAACAGUGGAGGUGGAGGCGGUGGCGGUGAGGAGGGAGGGGCGGAGGAGGAGCGUAAGAGGCAGAAGAGGGGCGGCAAGGGCAUGGUGAAGAAGAAGAAGGCGCAGGAGGGUCCCAGGAAGGUGGUGGUGUUUGUGGCGCCACGAGGGAAGAAGAGGAACACCGUCAUUGUUGGACUCAAGACUUUCGAUAUUGACCUUAAGUUUGCUGCUAAGUUCUUCGGCACCAAGUUCGCCUGCGGGUCCUCGGUGACUGGUGAGGACGAGAUCGUGGUGCAGGGCGACAUUAAGGAUGACCUCAUUGACCUUAUUCCUGAGAAGUGGCCUGAGAUCGAUGAGGACAGCAUAGAGGAUGGAGGUGAACACAAACGAUGAUCAAGACAGUGAAUGGCCGCCCCUCUGCUCGCCCCCCCAAGCUUCCUCACCGCCCGUCACACAAUUGUUAACUUGCUGGGAACUGAAAUGAUGAAAUAAAAUGCUUCUAAAUUCA